CAAUCAGCAUACAACUAUAAAGAGAAGAGUGUCGAUGCAAGCGUUGACGCUCGCCGAUCCGUCGACCCUGUUGAUGGCUUAGCACCGAAUCCGGACCCGCGUGAGGCCGCCAAAGAAGCAGCUCGAGCAGCUUCACGAGAAGCCUCUCAUGAGGCACCACGUGCUGUCAAGGAGAUUAGAGAUUCCAGAGAAGGGCGAAAGGAACGACGUCGCAGGGAAAGGCGUAGAAGUAGACAACCGCCGCAAGCGAUCAAUACGUUCUGGGAUCAGGAAGAUCAGGACUUCAUUGCCAGGAAGAAUAUGCAACGUAAUCAGCGGCGAUUGCACGCAAUGCAGGACCGUGAUGAAACCGACGACACACUAUUCGAGGUUCCAAUGCGAAUGCCUGAAGUCGACUUCACAAGCCAAACUCCCGUCAUCGCUUGA